GUUUUAGUUUUUAGGGUUCUUCAGGAGCGCGGCGGCGCUCGAUCGAUCGGGCGCGAUGGUGCACUACAAUCUCAAGCGCAUCACCGUGGUGCCGACAGGCAAGGAUUUCGUCGACAUUGUCCUCUCCCGGACGCAGCGCCAGACGCCGACGGUGAUCCACAAGAGCUAUGCGAUCAAUCGCAUCCGCCAGUUCUACAUGCGCAAGGUAAAGUACACGCAGGCCACAUUCGAUGAGAAGCUGGGCACGAUCAUCGACGAGUUCCCGCAGCUGGACGACAUCCAUCCCUUCUACGGGGAUUUGAUGAAUGUGCUCUACGACAGGGAUCACUACAAGCUCGCGCUUGGGCAAUUGCGCACUGCGAAGCGACUGGUAGAGAAGAUCUGCAAGGACUACGUGAAGCUCCUCAAGUAUGGCGAUUCGCUCUAUCGUUGCAAGCAGCUCAAGAAGGCCGCGCUGGGAAGAAUGUGUACGCUCAUGAAGAGGGUCGGGCCGAGUCUAGCGUACUUGGAACAGGUCAGGCAGCAUAUGGCGAGGCUUCCAUCGAUCGAUCCAAACACGAGAACCAUCCUCAUCUGCGGCUAUCCAAACGUUGGUAAGAGCUCCUUCAUCAACAAGAUCACUCGAGCCGACGUUGACGUCCAGCCUUACGCCUUCACCACAAAGUCACUCUUUGUUGGUCACACGGACUACAAGUACCUCCGCUGGCAAGUGAUUGACACUCCGGGGAUCUUGGAUCACCCGCUCGAGGACAGGAACACGAUCGAGAUGCUGAGUAUCACUGCUCUGGCUCACAUCCGAGCUGCGGUGCUGUUCUUCGUCGACGUCUCGGGUUCUUGUGGCUACUCCAUCGCCCAGCAGGCAGCGCUCUUCAACAGCAUCCGGCCUUUGUUUGACAACAAGCCGCUGCUCGUGGUGUGCAGCAAGAUCGAUCUCCAGUCGCUGGAGUCGCUGCCGGAGGAGGAUCGCCAGCUGAUCAUGGAGAUGAAGAAGGAGGCGUCCAAGUGCUCGGGGGGAAUUGCCAGCGAGAUGAUGGUCGAGGACGACGACUGCCUUCUCACGAUGAGCACCCUCACGGAGGAAGGCGUGAUCAACGUGAAGAACACUGCGUGCGAGAAGCUGCUCCAGCACCGUGUGGAGGGGAAGAUGAAGUCAAAGAAGCUCGAGGACGUGAGGAACAGGAUCCACGUCGCGAUGCCUCGUCCCAGGGACACCAGAGAGAGGCCGCCGGUGAUUCCAGCUGGGGUGUUGGAAGCUCGAGCAGCGGCGGCGCCGAGGGCCCCGAGACGACUCGAGAAGGAUCUGGAGAACGAGAAUGGUGGCGCUGGAGUUUACUCCGCCAACUUGAGAAGGCGCUACAUUCUCGCGGACGAGAGCUGGAAGGAGGACGUGGUGCCGGAGAUAGCAGACGGUCACAACAUCGCGGACUUCAUCGACACGGACAUUCUCAAGAGGUUGGACGAGCUGGAUCGCGAGGAGCACCAGCGGGAGGAGGGAGAGAGCGAGGAAGAGGACAUGGACGACGACGAGUUCCGCAAGCUCAGUCCGGAGGAACAGGAGGCGCUAGCGGCGAUUCGUCUCGCGAGAAGGAACAUCCGGGAGGAGCACAGGCUGAAGAAGACCACUGCCGAUAGCCGUCCAAUGGUUCCCAGGAAGCACGACAAGGACAAGAGAUUCACGGUUUCCAGGAUGGAGCGCCACCUAUCAAACCUGGGGAUCGAUCCAUCGGCAGCAGCGGCGAGAGCUCGAAGCAAAUCUCGCGGAAGAAAGCGGGAUCGAUCACUCGGGUAUGACGAGGAGGCCGGGGUGGAGGCUAUGGACGUGGAGCAGCCAAAGAGCAAGAAGUUGAGGAUGAAGUCCAGGACGAGGUCGCAGUCUCGCGCGUCGAUGGAAGUCGUUCCAGGCGAGGGAUUCAAGGACUCGGCACAGAAGCAGCAGGCAUUGGCACUGGGCAAGAAGGCGAUGAAGAAGAGGAACAAGUUCGCGAGGAAGGGAGAAGCCGAUCGAACCAUUGUCAAUCUCCGGCCCAAGCAUUUGUUUGCUGGGAAGAGAUCUACUGGAAAGACGGACAGGCGCUAGAGAGGACGAUGAUCCGCUAGAGAAGACGAUGAUUUUCUAUGUAUUCCCGCGAAAGUUUGAAAGUUUGAAUUUAAAUUUGGUUUUAAAAA